AUGACAACGUCAGUUUCUGUUAGACCUCCUACGAAUCCCUUGCAACAAUCACUUUCAGUUGACGAUCAAGAUCAAUAUUAUAAUACAAUUAAUGAUGAUACAAUUUGUACGGAGUAUCUAAAUGAAAUAGCAACAGGUCACCAAUCACAAUCGAAAUCUGGAGUUUAUCGUUUACAAAAUGAUCAACAAGCAAUACCACCAACACGUUCUUCAACAAAUGUAACAAAACCUGGCAUAUCACCAUAUCUACAAAAAUUACCGCAUUCAAAUUUUCUUCAAGUAAUGCUUCCCCGACCAUCAUCAUCAUCAACACAACAACGACGACAACAACGUCGUCGUCGACGUCGUUCAACAUCUACAGGUCGAACACGAGAAGAAUUACUUGAUUCUGCUUAUCAACCAACAAAUGUUGAUCAUUUGGAUUUAAGUUCAUUUUUUGCUGGUAGUAAUCAUUCAUUUAAUCGUCCAACAAGUGCUCCAACACGAACUAUGUCUUCAUCAGCAAAGAAAAAACGUGCAGGAACAUCACUUCAUAAAACACAUUCAAAAGGUCAAAUAUGUAGUAUAACAAUAUAUCGUAAUGGUGAUCAUGAUAAAAGUUGUUAUUGUAAAGCACAUUCUUUAAAUGCAAUUUUACAAUAUGCAACUGAAAAACUUCAUAUGGCAAAUGCUGCUCGUCGUUUAUUUGAUGCAAAUGGACAAGAAAUAUAUCGUAUUGAAGAUAUACAAACAAAUCAAGAAUAUUAUGUUUCAAGUGGAGAAAAUUUUAAAGAUCCAUUUAAAUCGAUUCGAGUACAAACUGAAUAUAGUCUUAAUUCAACAUGGACUAUGAAAGGUUUACAAACAGACGCUGUUAAACCAAAAUCAUUUACAACAAAAACUGUUAUUUCAAAACGUUUAGACAAACAAAUCAAAACAAGUAUCUAUUUAACAAUUCUUGAGAAUGGUUAUGGUCAAAAUGAUGCUAUUUGUCAUAUGUUAAUUGAUACAGCAUUAAAAGAAAAUUUUGAAAAGUUUCUUGAAGAGUGUACAAAAAAAUUAGAAUUAACAGCACAUGCAAGAAAAGUAUUUAAUUAUCGUGGUGAUGAAAUAAAAUCACUUAAAAUUUUUUUGGAAUCAAAUGAAUGUACAAUAAAAACUGUACAUGAUGAAUGUGUUUUUGGACCAAUAUGGAUUAGUAAAGGUGAAAGAUUUCGACCAACAGGUGCUUAUUCAUAUCUUGAAUUACGUUAUAAAGAAUUUCAAUUACAAUAUAAAAAAUUAAAAAACCAUUAUAAAGAAAUUAUGAUUGUUAUUAAAACACGUAAAAAAAGAAUGAUGAAUGAAAAUGAUAAUAAUGAAAUAAGUGAUGAUGAACAAAUUUCAUCAACUGAGGGUACAGAUAAAGAACAAAAUAAAAUUAAUGAUAAAUCAUCGAUUAAAGAUAAAAGUCUUUUAUCAAUGACAAAUAAAGAACUUAAAGAAUCUAAACAAACAUUAGAAGAUAAAAUUAAAGAAAUUGAAGAUUUAAUGGAAUUAUAUAGAAUGAAAAUGGCUGAAAUUGAAGCAGCUAAAAAUGAAGAAAAGGAAUUAGGACCAAGAUUUCCUAGUGAUCAUAUAACAGAACUUGAAUUUCAUCAUAAAAUGGUUGGACGACAUCCUCUUUGUUUAAUAAUUCAUGAAAACGGUUCAUUUAAUCGUUCUGAUCCAAUGAUUUAUUUAAAUCUUCGUAGUUUACCAUUAAAAUAUACGCUACAAACAUCGAUUGAAUAUCUUCUACAAUAUUUACAAACAUCAGUUGAAAUGUUUGCACGACAACGUCCUAAACGAGUAUUUGAUAUAAAUGGAAAUGAAAUAAAAAUUCUUGGACAAUUACAAUCAAAACAACAUUUAUUUAUUUCAUAUGGAGAAGAUUAUCGACCAGCAUUUGAACCAUGUUUAACUAUUCAAAUAAAUAGUGUGGAUGUUUAUGAAAAGGAUGGUGGAAGAUUAUUAAUAAAGACAUUUCGACCAGAUGAUGAAACUGUUGGAGAUAAUGAAAAAAGAACAGCAAGACAAAUAGCAGCCGAUUGGAAACCUAUUGAAACAAUUCCAAAUGAUAUUCAUAAAAAAAUUUUUGAAAAGGAUUUAACUGAUGAUGAAAAAAAUGGAAUAAAUCAAAAACCUAUACAUGAUCGCAUUAGUGAAAAUGUGACAUUUAUUAUUAAAAAUAAAAAAUUAAUUUAUCCAGAAUUAAAAAUAAAACAAAUUAUAAUACCAGAUUCAAAACCAAAAUCAACUUCUGGUAAAACACCACCAAAAAGAAUUUUUUCUGAUAUUGAUUUACAAGCAUGGUGUUACGAUAAAGAUGGUUAUAUUUAUAGUAAACAAAUAAAUUCUUUAGUAUUAACUGUUAUCCCUGAACAGAAUAUUCAAUUAACAUGGACAUCUAGUAAAUCAUUAGGAAGUCAAAGGAUGACACAAAAAUUACUAGAUGGUCAUGGUGUUCAAUUACGAUGCAAAAAAGAUUUAUCUCCUCAUCAAAUAUGGGACUUUACAACAGAUGGUUAUAUUGUUUCAAAAGCUUAUCCAAAUCUUGUAUUGACAAAUGUAGCAAUUAUAGAAUCAGAUGAAGAUGGAAGCUUUACUGCAAAAGGAAUACAAGUGAAUACUGACGAUCCAUUUUUUUUAUAUCUAGCUGUUUGUUCAAAAUGUUCCGCAAACUCACCAUUUAUUUCUCAACAACGCUGGGGUAUUCGUCAAACAUCAGGUUUUACAAUUGGUAAUUGGAAAUAUUCAAAAGUUGAAAAUCCUGUAUGGCAUAAAUUAGCUUUAACAUGGCCAGUCGAUGGAACAGGUGCAAAGAUUCCUGAAUUACAAUGGCCUAUCGAGGGAUGUCUCCUUCCGAACGUACCACCUAUUAAAUCACUCAAAUCAACUCAAACACCACCAGCUUUUGUUCCUAUUCGAUUACAAGUAUUAAAAAAUGGAGAACGUGAUCUUACUAAAUCUGUACCAGUUGUUGGUCCUGAUAUUUCAAAUCUUAUUCUUGAACCUAAAUCUUCAAGUGAUAUGUAUCGACGUUUACGUAUUCCUAAACCUGAAAAAGAACAACGUGCUCAUCGACAAAUUAAACGUAUGGCUGAUGCUCGACAACGUGAAAUAAAAUUAUUUUUAGAAAAUUGUACAACGCUUUGUAAUCUACCAUUUGCUGCUCGUCGUUUAUUUGAUAUUCAUGGUACAGAAUUAUUUGAUUUAACAUCAAUUGAACGUGAUUCAUUCAUAUAUGUCACAUGUGGUGAACAAUGGAUUGAUCCAGAAUUAACAAAAGCUGAACAACAACGUCGAUUAUUAUUAGCUUAUUUAAGUAAUGAUGUUCGUAUGAUUGCUUUCUAUUGUUCUUUGAGAAAUCCAACUGAAUAUGUUGUAUCAACAGAACGAGGUCUUAUUGAAAAUUCUCGAUUAAUUCUUAAUAGAUGUUCUUUAAAUGCUAAACAACGUAGCCGUGUUGAAGGUGGUGAAUUAAUUGAACAUGUUAUUGAAAACGAAGAACCAAUGGAAGAAGCAGCCACUGAAAUUGAACCAAGAACGGCACAUGAACGAUCACAUAAAACAAUUGAUAGACAAUCGAAAGAAAAAUUUCGUUGGCCAUGGGAGAAAAUUGCUAAUAAAAGUUUAAAUCUAGAAACAGAUGAUGAUGAUGUUGUUAUGUUAAGUAAUGAUGAACAGAAUUUAGACGAUUCAUUUAAUCCAACAGCAGAUACUUUAUCAUUAUCUAAAUCAAAUCGAAAAUUACCAAAAUCAAUAGCUGUUUCAAUGCAAAAAUUUAAUUGGGAACCAUCAGCUGGUUAUAUAUCAUGUACGGAUGAUUUCAAUUUAGUUUUUGGCGUUAAAGAAAUUGAAAGUAAAGUUGUUGAAGUUAUAUUAAAACGUCGUAAUCCAGAUGAUAUAUUUCAACGUUGGAAUUUGUUUGCAAUCGGUGAAGAAAUUCAAAAUGAACAUCAUAUGGACUUGUCAAAACCAUUUUUAAUAGCUUCGAAAGCUCGACCAACAAUGGUUUUAACUGUAUUACUUCCAUCAUGUACAGGAAAUGAAUCAAAUGAAGUCAAUAUUUCUUGUGUUGGCUGUACUAUAACAUUACAACAAAGACGAUAUGACGACAAUGGUUGUGCUAAUCAAAAAUGGGCUUAUAAUGAAAAACUUGGUUUUCUUUUUUCAUUUAAUUCAACAUCCAUCGAUAAAGAAAUAACAGCAGCUAAUCGAGCAAAUAUUUGUUCAUAUACAGUUAGUUAUGAAGCAUUAUCUCAACCGGGAUUUAUUGCAUCAAUUCUUAAUACAAGUGAUCAAUCUGAAGAUGUACCUGUUUGUCUUGCAUGUGCACAAGCAAUGCGUGGAAAAUAUCGUUUAGUUAAAAUUGAUUCAAAUAAAAAAUUUACUUGUGCUAUUGGAAAAAGACAUGAUCUUAAAUUUCAUGGACCAUUUCAAUGUUUAAAUCAUAAAAUUGAUUUAACACAAAAUGAAGCUGAAAAUACACUUCUUCAGCGAAAAGAACAACUCGAACAAUUACGACAAGAAGCAAGUGUUCGAAAUAUUGCUAGAGAAUUAGCUGCUGCAAAACCAAUCCAAAUUGUUUAUUUACUUGCUUAUCGUAAUGGAGAUGGACAUACAAAACCAGGUCAACUUUUAGUUGGUUCAAGUAUUAUUGGUUUACUUGAUCAAGCUACUCAUCGAUUAAGUUUAAUAAAUGCUGCACGACGACUUUAUGUUAUUGAUGGUUCAGUUAUAUUAACUAUUGAAGAUCUUAUUGAAUGGGCAAAAGAGUAUUAUAUAAAACGAUAUAAUAAAUUAAUAAAACCAAAAUCUGGAUCACUUCUUGAUAAUGUUGAAUUAAAUACACCAUUACCACCGCCAAAUCCUGAUUCAAAACGUCGAUCAAGUGUUGAUAAUCAAUCAGAAAAAACAACAUUAUCAACUAAAUUACGUGAUAUAAGUCCAACAAAACAACGUUUUCAAGGUUUACCAAAAGCAUCUGAUAUAAAACGAGCAAUAAAACAAAAUUCAUUAACAACAAAAUCUGAUAUUGAUAUGAAUUAUUUAUUAAAAUUUCCUAUUGAAAUAUGGGUUUCAUCGGGUGAAUCAUUCGUUAAUCCAACAACUGUUGAUCAACGACAAAGUCUACGUAUUAGUCAACGUGAACAACGUACAAUAGUUGAACAUGAUUUUGAAAGAGAAAAACAUGCAUUACGUCUUAUGAAAGGACGUCGUAUAUCGGGUCAAUCACUAGGUGAACUUAUUCCUCAACAAAAUCCAGAUGAACCUGUUUCGAAAAAAGGACAUUGGACAGAAAAAACAGACGUCGAACUUGAUAAACAAGAUGAUGUAGAAUUAUUACGAACAUCAUUAGAUGAAAUUCGUAUGUCACAACAACCAGAAAUAACACGACCUAUAUCAUCAUCAGCAACUGAUCGUCUUGGACAACAUUCAAAAAUUAAACGAAUUAUGGUUUAUUUAAAUGGUGAACCAAAAGAAACAGCUAUACAAUGUUUUGGUAGUAAUUUAAAUGAAUUAAUGAAUAAUGCUAAACUUAAAUGGAAUUUAAUGCAACCAAUUCAAGCAUUAUUUGAUGAAAAUGGACAUUUAAUUGAACGAUUUGAUCAAUUAAAUCGUGAUCAAUUUGUAUGUGUAUCAACAACAAAAACCUUCAUCACAUCAUCGGAACGACAACGUGAAGUUGAUAUAAAAGCAAACUGGGCUCGUACACGUAAUAGAUAUGGUGAUCAAGCAACAGAUAUUCGUGUUAAUUCAACACUUUCAUCAGUUCCUCAAUUAGUUGAUCCAUUUGGUCCACCAUUAUUAACGUUAAAUGAUCAACAUCAAAUUCAUCCCACAACAAAACCACCAACAGUACCAGCACCAUUUUAUCGAAGAUUAGCUAUUGAACAACCAGUACCAACAUCAGCUAUUGUCAGUGAAGUAACACCAUCACCAACAAUGAUGAAAGAUUCAUUAGUGUUAAGUGAUAAUGAUGAUGACGAAAAUGAUGAUGAACCUAAUAGUGAAAUCGAACGAAUUACAAAUGUAAAAAAUGAUGAUGACGAUGAUGAUGGACUUAAUAGUGAUAUGGAACGAACUGCAAAUGUAAAGAAUGAUGAAGAUGAAAAUAAUCGACCGACAACACCUAGAUUUGAAACACAAGCCAAGAGUCCUUUUUCACAAUUAUUUACUACUGAACCACCUCCAACAAAAACACCCGCAAGUGUACCAUCGACGAAUAAGUCAGAUAGUGAUGAAGAUGAAUUCAUAGCCAUGUUGAAAAGAAAAUAA